AUGUCAAUUUUCAAAAAAAUUUCAUUAUUUCACCACUCAAAAAAAUCAACUAAACCAUCAUCAUCAGAAUCAUCAUCAGUUACAGAAUCAUCACCAGAAUCAUCAUCAAUUGAUAAAAAACACCAUAAAAUUUUCAGAAAAAUAUUCAAAUUAAAUAAAAAAUCAAAAAAAUCAGCUACACCACCACCACCACAACAACAACAUAAUUUAGUUCAAUCAACUGCACAAGAACAAGAAGAAGAAGAAGAAGAAGAAGAAGAAGAAGAACAACAACAACAACAACAAUCACAACAACAACAACAACAACAACAACAAUUAAUUGAUUCAGCUUCAGAAUUACCAUCAAGUAGAGCAUUAAUAUUAUUUAGACCACAACAACAACAACAUCAACAUCAACAUCAACAAUUAGUAUUGUUCCACCAAAUUCAACCACAAACGACUCAUAAUUUUAGCAUUGAAGUUAUGGAGGUACAUGAGGAUGAAUCUUUAGAUGAAGUUGAUAUUAUUCAUCCAAAUUUAAUCUUUGAUGAACAAGGGAUUAUAAUUGAGAUCAAUCCCAAUAUUAAUGAAUUUGAUUACACAUAUACGUUUGAUGAAGAAAAUUUAACAUAUGUAAGAAGAGAAUUAUCAAUCGAAUCAAUACCAUUUGUAUUCAAUGGACUAAAUAACAGGUUUUUCAAUGCAGAUGUAUCAUAUGCAAGUGUUGAAGGUGAAUCAUAUGAUCAACAUAACUUUUUCCAUUAUACUGAAGAAUAUCAAGAAGAUGAAGAAAUAGAAAUAAAUAAUACUUUCUCAAGGUUUAAAAAAGUUUUCUCAAAAUUAAAAAUGUAUGUUAAGAAAAGAAUAAAAGUAUUGAUGCAGAAGCACUGA